AUGGGUCAUAUGGAGAGUAAACGUGAUAAAUAUAAAAAACAUACAGGUGAAAUUUCAGAGAAAGCGAAAAAACCAUUCUUAGCAAGAUUAAGAAAACGUCUGUUUCAAGGUAGGAAACGAUCAACAACAAGUAUAAGCAACAAAUCAUAUAAAUCACAUCGAUCACACUUACGUCAAAAACGUGACAACUAUUCAAUUCACAAUCAGAGGAAAAAUAGUAAAGAAUCAAGGAGAGAUGAGAAACGAAGUGAAAAAGAGAAAAAAAUUUCAGAAAGAAUUAAACGAAAGUCAAAUAAAAUUUGUACAACAAUGUCAAAAUCAGCGAAGCAACAAAGAAAAAUUGGAAUGCGGAAUAAUGUCACCAAAACUAAAUCACAUAAAUCAACAAAAACGCAAACAAAAGUUCAUUCCACGAUCAGUUAUCCAACGAUUCAUAGGAAAACAGAUGUUAAGAUCAAAAAAUAUCAAAGUAAACAAAAUGAAAAUAUAGCAGUCAAAAGUUUACGUAAAACAUUUCAAUCAUUGACUAAAAUUCCGGCAUGGUCACCAUCUUCAUCAAGUCGGCAAAGCCUUAGAAAUGUUCGAAAACGGAUGACAGCAUUCUUUAGCCGACCUCUGACUGAUGCAACAGAAGUACCAGAAAUACUAUUGCGAAGUGCAGAUGAAAAAUUUCCAUCUAAGCGUGAAAUUGAAAGAUAUGAAAUUGAAAUGAAAGAUAAGAGUGAUAAAAUUACACCACUAAAGAAAUCAAUUUCAACAGUAUCAAACAAAGACAACGAAGGAAAGCUAUUUGACGAAGAUGGUCUACCAUUUUGGAAUAAGCUUAGCAAAAUACAAAAGGAUAGCAAAAAUAAUAGAGAAGAUAUAAGUGAUGAAGAUUUACCGAUGGAUUCAGAAGUAUUGCUUGAAGUUCAAUCUGGUCAACGUAAACUUGUUAAGAUGCCCGAAAUUAGGUGA